AUGAGAUGCGGGAUGUGCAGCGUUGUCUGGAGGAUAAGUUCCGGCAGAAGCGAGCAGACUAUGGAUGCUUUCAACGAGACGGGUGCGAACGUGAUGGUGGACGAUGCGAUAGGAGGCAGAAUACAUAUGGAACUUGACUUCCGAAGCAGAGACAAAAGAGUUCGGUCUCAGCACACGAUAUACCGGCUGCCUAUUCAGCCUUCUCCUCGUCCUUUUUCACUCUUUGCCUUGGCCGUCUCGACGCUUCCAGCAUCCGGCGUGUCCCUGACAGGUUGCGCAGUUGCGUCGGAGCUAAACCGCUUCACGCCUUUGAACUGUCGCCAAGCCAAGCUGCGCCGUCAAAAGAGGCUCUAA